GCAGCUCCACAUCAUGUGCUGAUAGGAGCGGAAGGAGCCGAGCAGCGUCGGGACGAACAUGGCGGUGGUGCACCGGAGCUCCACGAAAUGGCUUUUCAACCGAGAGCAAAUAGAAAACUCGCCGUCCCGUCGCUGUGGAAUCGAGCCAGACCGGGAACUGUCUUACCGACAGCAAGCUGCGAAUCUAAUCCAAGACAUGGGCCAGCGACUCAACGUCUCACAGCUUACGAUUAACACCGCAAUCGUCUACAUGCACAGGUUUUAUAUGCUGAAUUCCUUCACGAAGUUCCAUCGAAAUAUCAUCUCUCCUACCACUCUAUUUUUGGCUGCUAAAGUAGAAGAGCAACCCAGGAAACUUGAACAUGUCAUUAAAGUGACACACGCCUGUCUUAACCCACAAGAACCUCCACUGGAUACCAAUAGCAAUGCAUACCUCCAACAAGCCCAAGAGCUGGUGCUGCUAGAAACUAUAGUGCUGCAGACACUUGGGUUUGAGAUUACUAUAGAGCAUCCACACACAGAUGUUGUGAGAUGUUCCCAACUAGUGCGAGCAAGCAAGGACUUGGCCCAGACGUCCUAUUUCAUGGCUACCAACAGUCUGCACCUGACCACAUUCUGUCUGCAGUACAAGCCCACGGUGGUGGCAUGUGUGUGUAUCCACCUGGCCUGCAAGUGGUCCAACUGGGAGAUCCCCAUCUCUUCUGAUGGAAAACACUGGUGGGAGUAUCUGGACCCUACAGUCACCCUGCAGCUACUGGACCAAUUAACACAUGAGUUUUUACAGAUUUUGGAGAAAACACCCAGCAGGUUGAAAAGAAUCAGAAAUUGGCGGGCCACACAAGCUGCAAAGAGGUCAAAAACAGAUAGCCAGCCAGUGGAUGCAUCUUUCCAGGCUCCUGCUAUGAGCCAGGACAGCCUAGUAGUGGAAAACAAGACUGACAUCUUGGGGGGUAUGUACUCGGAACCCUCCACCUCAUUCCAGUUGGAUGGCCCUCUCUCCCUUAAUGGCUUGUCGAACUUGACCUCCUCCUAUGGCUUCGUGGGCCAGAGCAGCCAGCAGCCUGACGCAUACCUGAGCCUACAAGGGGCAGCCAUUGGCAAGCACAGCCAGUGCCCAGCUCCAGUGGCCACCAAUAAACUCUCUCUGGAGAAGUACCGCGAGAAGCACGCUGCCGAGCUCCUGCAGCGCCGGAGACACACCGAGGAGGGCGAAUUGCACCGCAAACACUCACACCUGCUGCCUGAGCCUGCAGCUUCAUCUUCAUCGGCAACAUUGUUGUCAUCUUCGUCCUCAUCAUCACGGGCCAAAUACAGCCAGCCUGGGCAAGAACGGGCCGCAAAGAGUGGCUCGUUGAAGCGCCGCCACCCUUCGACCUCCUCUACCUCCGUGGAGAAUGGUAGCGCGAGUCAGGAGGAGCUUAAGAUGAAGAUUAAAGUGUCGGAGAGUGGUGGAGGUAGCAGCAGUAAGAGCAGACACAGCCCUCGGUCCAGCCGAGAGAAACACAGAGAUCACUCGUCCCACCGAGCGCCCAAACAUGACACCUUGCACUCGCACGGUCACACACAUACGCAUGCUCAUGCUCACACGCAUAGCGGCCACCACAAAGCCCACCGCUCCUCCAAGACCCAUUCUGCCCCUGCCCCCUUGCCUGUGAGCCAAGCCCUGGGCCACGCCCAGUUAGGAAAGAUUGACAGGAGGCAAGGGGAGGGGCAGACCACAGAAGGAGGAGCCUCGCUGUGCCUGAAUGGGCAGCACAUGGACUACACGGACACGUUCAACAUGCUCGACUCCCUGCUGAAUGCACACAACAUGAACUAUUAACUCAAACACAGGAAACGAAACACAAAAGAUUGUUUUAUGUGAAAAAAAAAUUGCAAAAAAAAAGAUUUUUUAAAAAACUAUUUUAUGUUAGGAUUAAGCAGUCCGUUACAUUUCUUAUUCACCCCUUAAUUUAACCAUGCUAUGUUGCUCUACUCGGAAAAAAAGGAAAAAUGUGGAAAAUGUAGAUGUAUGUAAGCAGUAUAUUCACAGUUUUAAAGCUUCCUAUGAGAUGAACAGCCUGUGAAAUUCAUGUGUACUGUAAUUCUGUUUCCAUUCUGGCUGUAGCAGCAGCAGAACGGCAGAUUACAAGAAUAGAGACAAAUCGUCAAUGAAAUGGUUCUGUAAGUGUUUGUACUGUAUACUUGAUUCUUUUCAAAUCAAAGGGAUGAAUUUUGGAAAGACUUUGCCGACUGUUUAGGUAUCAGGUGCAGAUAACUUCGCUCCUUUUAUUUCCCUUCUGUUUAAAAGUUAUAUCUAUGUCAGAAUAUAAUUCUCAUAAUGCUCAGGUUUGGAGAUGCUUAAAUGUGUAACAUUACAUCUAUAAACAUAUCUACGUGGGAAUGUAGAACGUUGGCGAUUCUGGCUGUAGAAACUCCUGAACCUAGCGUCCUCUUUCACAAAUCCUCAAAAGCAAAGAAAGUGAAGAACCCCCUAGUUAAACACCCUACAGCUGACAUCUCCUGCCUUUACCGCUGUAGUGAUGAAGUGAUGGCCAUUGUUUUAGUUAAUGGCGUCUCCCUUCAGUCUAGCAUACGGUUCCUUGGGCCUUGGGGUCUUGUUUUAAGAUUUUUUUUAUUUUUUAUUUUACCUUCUCCCUGCCCUCCUACCUCAUAGCCCUUUAAAUGUGGAAGCGAGCAAACUUUGGGUGGGAUGAUCAGGAGAGGACCAUGGGUAUUGUAGUUUUACAGAUUUUAGGUCCUCGUGGGUGGUGAGCAUAUUUGAGUGCUUCUUUUGGAAACCACCGUUUUUCUCUGUGGAUUUUAAGUGACCUGGUAUAGUCAGGCAUUAGACUGAAAGUCACUGUCGGUUAGAUGUAAUUUGUGUGCAUUUGUCCAAGAUCAGUGGCCCAGAAGCUGGUCCUCAGCCUCCAUCCAAGAUUGCACCAUAUUGCCUACACAUAUCCAGUCUGAGUGCUUCCUCGUGGUCAUGGUGAAGGGCUGUUGUGCCCCAUUUUUUCUUCAGAUGGUGAUUGCAUAAACUGGCCUCAGAUCAGCUUUCACUUACAGUAGCUUUGAGCUCAUGACAGAAGUCGCCAGUUAAUACUGAUGCAGGACCAGCUGACUGUACUGAAAUCUGUCCAAAAAAAACAAAAACUGUCCUCACAUCAGGUUAAAAGGUGGAACUUUCUCUAGCACCCCCAAGGGACCAGUAGCUCAACGCCAAAGGCAGUGCCUCAGUGUAACACUGAGCAAUGCUUCGGGAGAAGGUUUUUCUUCGCUGUGAAGUUUCUUUUGUUUUUUUUUUUUUUUUUUUUUUUUUCUCUCCCCUUCAAAGCCACAGUUCUUUGUAAUAGCCUUGAAUUUGAGUCAAAAGUGAUGGAGAUGUUGGACAAUUACCUAAUAAACACCAUGGAAAACAA